UCAUCCUGUGGUCCGAGGGCUCCUUUCUCUGGGCCGCUCUCUUUCCUCAGCUAGGCGCCAUCUUGCUCUUGCCGCGUGUUGUCCUCGGAAGGUUCGUCGGACUUAGGAUAGAGCAAGAUGAAUCAAGAAAAGCUGGCCAAACUUCAGGCUCAGGUCCGAAUAGGUGGAAAGGGUACAGCUCGUAGAAAGAAGAAGGUAGUUCAUAGAACAGCAACAGCUGACGACAAAAAGCUUCAGAGUUCCCUCAAAAAGUUGGCAGUAAACAAUAUUGCUGGCAUUGAAGAGGUGAAUAUGAUAAAAGAUGAUGGAACAGUCAUUCAUUUUAACAAUCCUAAGGUCCAGGCUUCACUAUCUGCAAACACAUUUGCUAUUACUGGUCAUGCUGAAGCUAAACCGAUCACGGAAAUGCUACCUGGCAUCUUAAGCCAGUUGGGUGCUGACAGUUUAACAAGUCUCAGAAAAUUAGCUGAACAGUUCCCAAGGCAAGUGUUGGAUAGCAAAGUACCAAAAUCAGAAGAUAUUGAUGAAGAAGAUGAUGACGUUCCUGAUCUUGUAGAAAACUUUGACGAAGCAUCAAAAAAUGAAGCUAAUUAAUUAAUUCAGUAAUAGUUCUGGAAGUUGACAUGGACUAGAUUUAAAAAGUCAGCUGUGUGGUUCCAAAGUUUUACAGAAACAGCGAACAUUACCCGUUUAAUAGUUCAAUAAUAUAAAAUACUUUGUAUUUUAAUUAUGCUGUUUAUUCAGCAUUUCCUGUCAGUUGAUUUUUGCAUUUUGCACUUGUACCCAGGAUCAACCUUUUUGGUAAAAAGGAAAAAAAAAGAUUUUCAGUACAGAUUAAAGGAGAUGUGCAUGUGUGUGGAUGUAUGUAUGUGGCUUUAUGUACAGUGGAAGGGAAAUUGGAGAACAGUUCUAUUUGACUUUCCCUUCUCCCUAUAAAGCAGAAAUAAAAUAAGUCUUUAACUUG